AUGUACGCCAACACGAACCGAUAUCAUGAAAUGUUAAACAGCGUCCGAGACUUUCUUAAGCUCUACCAAGUCCCCAAAGGGCUGAGUGAACGGGUCAUGGAUUAUAUUGUAUCAACAUGGUCAAUGUCUAGAGGAAUAGAUACAGAAAAAGUAAGUAGGAACAUAUUUAUGUACUUCUUAGCUUAGCGCAGUAAAGGCAAUGGCUAUUCCAUAAAACGCGCACUCAAUUACACUGAAUCGAAGAUUUCCUCCCAGCAUUGGAUGUGUAUGAAAAUCAUACAUGCUUCAUUAGAACCACUCCAUACAGCAAGCUGUGUCUCUAUGUUUUUUAGAACGCUUACAAUAAAUGACAAAUAUAUACUUGAGGCUGUUAUAGUCAUGUUUUGAUUAAUGCGUCUGUUUUGGUUAAUUGGUUACUAAACGAUAGGCACACUAAAUGCAUUGCUGAAUACAUUUGUAAUCUUUGAUAAAGGGUAUUGCCUUUUCAUGUAUACUAGUACUUUUAUUUAAAUUAGCCCAGCUUUCCUGGAAGCUAAUGUUUGAUUCUGAGAAGGGGAAUCUACUUUAGUGUCAAUAGAAGACACUCCCCGGAGACAGUAGUAUAUUGAUUUAUUCUUUGAUGACUACAUUAAAUGCAGCGUGUGGGAUGAAUCUAUUUCUAAAAAGUGACUUUGGGAAUGUUCCAUGCUGUCCGUGACUCAUAAUAGGUAAAUAAUUUAUCCUGUUUAUUGCUUCAUCUGGAAUUUGAUUUAAAGAUCUGUAUUUAUUCACCAUAAUUUUACUAAAAAACCUACAGGCACAUAGAUGUCAUUAUUAAAAUACAUACUCAUUUUAAUUUUCUGCAAUGUUAAGAGAAAAAUCGCUAUUUCACUGUAUAAAAAGAAUUGCACUGUCUGAAAGUGUUAGAACUUUGAAAUGUUACUGGUUUUACCACUAGACUUUUAAUUGAUGCUUUAUACCAAGUAAAUUGUACUUUCUGCCAAAUUGUAUAACAUAGUGACCUAUUCACGAAAUGGUAAAUUGAUAACUGAUUUAAAUCCCUUAAACCUGAAUUGCCAGAUUAAAAAGCUGUCACUAUCAUUAGAGUGUUUGCUUGAUUAUUGUACAAAACAUUUGUAGCUCACUUGUGAAAUCACAAAUUUUGUAAACAUUUAAGUGCGUGAAUGUAAAAUCUUAAAUCUUCAUGUUUUCUUAUGAUCUAAUUCAUGUUUCGAAUAUAUUUACGUAAUUCAUAGAAACUUCAGUCUAAUCUAGCUCAAGUCUCAAAUAUAUUUACAUAAUUCAUAGAAACCUCAGCAUCCUCUUGAGAUUUUCAUUUUAUUAAAUUAUUUUUAUUUAAAGAAUUAUAGUUGGAAUGGUUUAAGCACGUUGUAGCCCACUGAUGUCUAGAUUUGAUUACUCCUAAUCUAGAUGUAAAAAUCAUUUGAUACAAUCAUUUUUUACAUCUCACACAAUUGCAGUAUUGAACAAAUUUGUUUAAAAAAAGUAUUUCAAUUAUCUUCAGGUUUCUCCAUAGAUUAAUAAUAUCACUAGUCAGGGCCAGUGCAAGGGUUUUUGGCUAUAAAGGCGAAGAUGCAUUCUGCCGCCCCCAACCCCCCCCAAAAAAAUUUAUCUUCACUUCUGUGUCUUGUAGCCCUAUUUUUUGAAUUUCUUACCCGCUUUAGUGUUUCAUAUCCCCUCUCUUGAAUAUCUUACCCCUUUUUCCCCUUUGUAUCUUACACCCCCCUUAGUGUGUCUCUUACACUAAAGUGUAUUUGUUACUUCUUAUGUGUCUUCUUAUUUGUUGCCCCCUUAUGUGUCCCAUUCUUCCCAUUGGCCUCUUUCGGUCUCUUUCUCCGCCCCCCGGCCCCUUUUUGUGUCUUUUUCUCCCUUAUACAUAGAUAGAUACACAGGAAAAAAAUAUAUAUAUAUAUGCACAAAUGCACAACCAUACAGGCACACAGACCUUGUUAUUCAGGCACACAGUCACAACGAUAUACAGACACACAGUCAUAAAAGGCACACAAUCAAACCAACUCGGUCAUGCAGGCACAGACAUACAUGCGCAGACAGUCAUACAGAGACAUAAAGACACAGGGAGUCAUAUAUGCAGUCACAUGUACAUAUUUACAUCUGAGGCCUGAGCAAUUAGGUACCUGGGAAGCAUUAUGUCUGGCUCUGAUCUGUGGAUCCAAUUUAGCAGCUCAGUUCCAUCACUGGACACCAGUGAUGGAACUAUUGUAGAGAGGGCUCUGGUGCAAGAAUCUUUUUGCCCCCAAUUUCAAAGGGUGGCUAAAAGGUAGAUCCCCACCUGUUGUGCAACUCCAACAAUGCCUUGAUUUCUAAUACUUGCAGGGUUGUAUUUAGCACUGAGCAGUGUUUGCAAGUUUUGUAUGGAGUAUGUUUGUGUGAAUGUAGGCGUGUGUUUGUAUGUAGUGCAUUUGAAUGCAAGCAUGCAUUUAUGUGUAGUGUUGGUCUUAAAUGCAGUGAUGUGUUUAUAUAUAUUUUGUUGUGUUUAAUACAGAGAUAUGUUUGUAUGUAGUGUUGACAUUUGAAUGCAGGGGUGAAUGUAUGUAGUGUUAACAUUUGAAUGCUGAGAUGCAUGCACAUAUACACAUACACUGCCACACACGCACACACACACUGUGAUACACAUACACACAGAUACACACUGACACACAUGAAGAUAUAUAGACACAUAUAUAUACAAACUGAUACACAUUCAGAUGCACACACACACACACACACACUGAUAUAUAGACAAACAAAUACACACAGAGACACACUGGCAAACACACAGACACACACACAUACCGACUGACAUCAAGACACACACACAGGCACCGAUAGACACACAGACAUACAGAUACAAACACAGACACACUGACAGGCAUACAGAUACACAGAAUGACAGACAUACAGAUACACACACAGACACACUGACAGACAUACAGAUACACACACAUGCUGGUGAAAACAUACUUUUAUAGCCACCCUCUUUUUUCUACCUUUUGGGUGCUUCCCUGGGGUCCAUUGUGCUGACUGAGGUAGAUGGGAGUUAAGGGCUGGCUCUCCUGGACCAGCCCCCUCCUCUCUGCCUUCUUCUGCUCUCUGGCAUGGCUCCAGGGAGAAAAAAGAAGGCCGGAGGCAGUUCCUCCACUGCUGGGCGCCAGAUGCACUGCAUGCUGCAUAAGAAGCAGGGAUAUGACGUGUUCAUAUCCCCACCCCCUCCACACAGUCCAGGCAUGCGGAGAGUGGCUGUGGAAGGCUGGGCCGCACAAAGUUGCUAGUGCUCGCAAUGCUACAAGAAGUGACUGACAGGAGAGGAGCACUGUACGCCCUGUCAAUGGUUAAAUUCUUAGAUUUAAUCUUUUAAUUGCUGCUAAAAAUUAUUUUAAAAAUUAUGCUUGCAUCUAACCAUGCCACCAUACUUUAAAAAUGGCAAUAUUUUUUAGACCACAUACUACCCCUUAUGGAAAAUGUGUCCCUCUAUGAACAGUAUGCAAUAUUUAUGCACCAAGGAUUUGAGUAAACAUGAAGAAGACAUCACAUAUGUCUACACAUUUUCAACAUAUUUUUAAGAGUUAUUUUUUUUUUUGUAAUUAAGACUUUUAUUGAAAUUUUUGCUGAGCAAGACAAAAUCAUAAUCAAGUCUCCUACCGGAGAAUAACGCUAAUAGAUCACUCUAGAAUAGGGCAGGUCCCUCCAGAUGUGGGUUCCUGUAACUACAGUAUCAUGUUGGUCCCAAUGCAGUAUAAAAAGAAACCUAUGAAAAAAAGGAGUAUAUAUUUUGGCUUUCCCAUGUUAAAAGUCAAGAUAGAUCAUUUACUCAUCAUCAUUUCAUGAGUUAAAGUUUCUCUUUGGUUUGCCUUGUUAGAAACUCGUAAAUCGCUAGCAUCCUGCUAUGAUCUAACAUUGUCUUGCUUUGAAGCUAUUUCUGAUAUGGUCGGUAACAAUGAUCCUUGACAUUACAUUUCUGUUGAUGUAGCAGUAGCACUGGUGAUUUGACCCUCAGUCCCUGCCUUACACAAGCAUGUCAUUUUAAUCAGUGAUACAUGAUUUCUCAAAGACACUUUUAUCUUUUUUUUUCUGAAUUAAAGAUGUUAGAAUGUUAUCAUUAUGGUAUUAGCAUAGGACACACAGUAACGGUUUGUGUUAAUUUAGGUUUUACAGAUUUGCCCUAAAGACAUGCGAGCAGACAUCUGUGUACACCUAAACCGCAAAGUUUUCAAAGAGCAUCCUGCAUUUCGAUUGGCUAGUGAUGGAUGCCUACGAGCCCUGGCCAUGGAGUUUCAGACCGUUCACUGUGCUCCUGGGGAUUUAAUUUAUCAUGCGGGAGAAAGCAUAGACACACUCUGCUUUGUGGUUUCUGGCUCUUUGGAAGUUAUCCAGGAUGACGAAGUUGUUGCUAUAUUGGGUAAGUCUAAGUUUUAUCUAUUUAAUCCGCUCCUGUUAUUAGAUGUCUCUGAAUACAAAUUUAGACAGGAGUUAGCAACGAAAAAUAAAUCCUGAGGGGGAAUGUGCAUAGACACUGUCCUUAAUAGAAUCAUUUAAAUCAAAGGAAGAAUAGUUUCCUAGAGGCGGCCCUUGCCUCCUCUUGUCGUGGACACAAAUGGGAUCUGACACUAUAAGGAGUUUUCACUAAAGUGAGAAUUCAAAGUGACUCUUUGUGCAAUUAAUUUUGGCCCAAAUUUAAAUUCGGUCACAUUUGGACUAAUUCUGCUAUUUUGCUCAAAAACUAUUUAGCAAUAGAAAAAACACAAAUAAAUCAAAAGUACCUAAUCCAAAAUGACCAAAUUUGGAAGUUAUACUAAACAACUGAAAGAUCAAUAUUAAGAAAAGGAAUCUUUAUUUUGAUAUUUCAACUGUUUAGUAGAUGGCUCCCUAAUUUAGUAUCCUUAAAUAUCCCAUGUAAUCUCACACAAGGAUACCAAAUUAGGGAGUUAUGUACAAAAGAGCUGAACGAUUAAAAUUAGGGAAAGGGUUUUUCUUAAUUUUGCUGCAUGGAUAUAGAAUAUUUGUAGUGCAUGUAUAUAGAAUGUAUGUGCUGCAUGUAUACAUAAUGCAUAUACUUCAUGUUCAUAGAAUGUAUGUGCUUCAAGUUUAUAUAAUGUGCUGCAUGUACAAUUUAUAUAGUUUCUAUGUGCUGCAUGUUUAUAGAAUGUAUGUCAUAUAUACAGUAUGUAUAUAGAAUGUAUAUGAUAUACACAGGAUAGUAAAUUAGGGAGCUAUCUUUUAAACAGCUGAAAGAUCAAAAUUAAGAAAAGCCCUUUUCUUUAUUUUGAUCAUUUAGCUGUUUAAUAGAUAGCUCCCUAAUUUGGUACCCUUAUGAUGUGAGAUUGCCAUAUUUAUAGGAUACCUUAUUAAAGCACAGAUAUCUCCCUUACUUGGUGACCUUAAAUAUGGCAAUCCCAGGCAAGGAUAUAAAAUUAGGGAGUUAUCUUUUAAACAGCUGAAAGAUUCAAAUUAAGAAAAUCCCUUUUCCUAAAGAAACACUGUAGGGUCAGAAAUACAAACUUAUGUGAGAAUACAAACAUAUCUUCCUGACUCUAUAGUGUUAAAAACACUAUCUAGGUAGCAGACCCAGCCUUACCCCCAAUAAGUAGGGUACAAAUGUACCAUUAUUCCAGCGUCCGUGGUUCUGCAAAUGCUGAUCCCGUCCCCACUCUGCCCACUUGGCUGAGAUAAUCAGAACUGACAAUCUCAGCCAAUCCAAUGCUGUUCCAUAGGAAAACAUUGGGAGGCUAAUGCGCAUGUGCGGCAAAACACUGUGCUGUGCCAUUCAGCAUCUCUUAAAUGUAUCUGUAUUUAAAUGAAAAUGACUGCGGGAACAGACUAUAGACACCUGAACAACCACAUUAAGCUGUAGUUGUGCUGAUGACUAUAGUGUGCCUUUAAUUUGGCUCUUUCAACAGUUUGGCAGAUAACAGAAAAUUAACAAAAUUUCAAACUGAAAUUUUAACCGAAAAUUAAAAAAUAGUGCAGAUUGUAUGCUUGUUCUUAAAAAUACAAAUAAACCAGCAAUGGAAUAUCAUUCUUAAGAUCAGAGUGGUUACCAUUCAGUACUAUCAUGCCCAGACAGGAUCAGCCCCUUGUGUGCAAUGAAUCACCAGAGAAACAGCACUAUUGUUCGAAGGACGCACCAUAAACAGAGUGGACAUUAUGUUCUUGUUAGCGCAGUAUUAAGGAUUGUAGCCGGUACUCCCAGAGGCUAAAAGUCCAACCAAAUAAACUUCAGAAGUCAUUUUAGUGCUUCACAUAUAUAUAGCAGCAAUCCCAUCACUGUGCAGAAUAUUAACCCCUUAAGGACACAACUUCUGGAAUAAAAGGGAAUCAUGAUGGAAUAUUUCCGUCAUGUGUCCUUAAGUGGUUAAAAACAUAACCAAUUAUUGCUUGUUUUGUUGUUGUUAUUGUUUUUUUUUCACACACAAUUUAGUGAAUAAAUCCCAUAUUUAAUGCCUUUCUCUCAUGUGAAUGGUAUAUGAAAACUUUAAAAACUGUGGAACUCUUGGUUCUGCAGUAAUGGAACCUCACACCUGUGGGAACCUGCCCUGUUCUUAAAUAUUUUGUUACUGUAGAGCUCCACUAGGAGGUAUGGUAAUGGUGUGUCUUCAUUGUAUUACUAUUAUAAAAUUUAAUACAAAUCUUAAUUGUAAGAAACAAAAAUAAAUUGGAACAUUUUGUUUCUUUCCUAUCCUGAAGAAGCAUCAGAGUACACAUGCAUGCAAACACACACAUAUGCACACAUUUAAAAUGUGGGAAUGUAGUCAACUCAGCACAAAACCCAACAGCCUAGCAAGGUUGAAAAUAUGCACAGUGAAUGGAGUUUGCACUUUUUUUAGGAAAUACCUCUGGUUUCUUAAAAAGUUAAAAAGACAACACAAAUCCAUCUACGUUGCAAAUCAUGACUGUACCACUUGAUCCGGGCCUGUGGGGAGGUAAGUAAGAGCUACAUCAUCAUCAAUAUUACAAAACUGGUGGAUGGAAGCAGAUAUCCCUUUAUAGCUUUCUGACAAAUCUUUCAGGAAUAUUCCUUUUUUCCCCCAGGCCAGUAUUCACCAUUAAGGAUUCAGGAGGACUGA